AUGGCCUCGCUUGCAAGCUUGCCUCUGGUCAAGAAGGACGGCUCCAAGGGAGACAUCUCCGGCAAAGUCGUGGCGCUUUACUUCAGUGCCCACUGGUGCCCUCCGUGUCGUGCGUUCACGCCGGCUCUGAAACAGUUCUACGAAUCCUUGAAGGAAGGCGGCCAGGAGGUUGAGAUCAUCUUUGUCUCAGCCGAUAAGACAGAAGCUGACUUCAAGGAAUACUUCCACAACGAGCACGGGGACUGGCUGGCCGUCGACUUCUCCGCCGCCGCAGAGAGGGAAAAGCUCUCGAAGCAAUUCGGUGUCUCCGGCAUUCCGAGCCUGAUCGUAGUUGACUCCAAUGGUAAGGCCGCAGACAGCAUCGAUGCCCGAAAGGAUGUGGCAAGUGCACGCAGCCCGGAGGAUGCUGCACAAGCCUUCGUAGCCUGGAAGAAGGCUGCCGGAGAUUGGCGUGAAACAGCCGGAACAGUGUUGGGUGGCACUAGCGCCAGCGCUGUCCCAGCCGCUGGUGACGCUGCAGCACUAAGGGCGGCACGUCUGGCAGCCCUUGAGAAGCGCAGCUGA